GCAAUGCUGAGGCAGGAACCCAUUCCACAUUGACCCAUCACCAUGGCCUACCUGGGACUUUUAUGCUGUUUUGCCUUCAUUGGCGCCUCUUUAGGCUGUGGUGUCCCUACCAUCGAGCCUGUCCUGAGUGGCCUGGCUAGGAUCGUCAAUGGUGAAGAGGCUGUCCCCGGCUCCUGGCCCUGGCAGGUUUCCCUUCAGGACACAACUGGCUUCCACUUUUGCGGGGGAUCAAUCAUCAGUGAAGACUGGGUGGUCACUGCUGCUCACUGUGGUGUCAAGAAAACUGACCUGGUGAUUGCUGGUGAGUUUGACCAAGGUUCUGAUGAAGAGAACAUCCAAGUGCUGAAGAUUGGCCAGGUCUUCAAGAAUCCCAAAUUCAACUUCUUCACCAUCACCAAUGACAUCACUCUGAUCAAGCUGGCCACACCUGUCCAGUUUUCAGACACAGUGUCCCCCGUCUGCCUUCCCAACUCUGCUGAUGACUUCCCUGCAGGCUCCAACUGUGUCACCACCGGCUGGGGGCUGACCAAGCACACCAACAGCAAAACCCCCGAGAGGCUCCAGCAAGCUGCUCUGCCCCUCCUGUCCAACAGCGAAUGCCAGAAGUACUGGGGUAGCAAGAUCAAGGACAGUAUGGUCUGCGCUGGUGCCAGUGGUGUUUCCUCCUGCAUGGGUGACUCCGGUGGCCCACUGGUCUGCCAGAAGGAUGGCGCCUGGACCCUGGUUGGUAUCGUCUCUUGGGGCAGUAGCACCUGUUCCACCUCCAGCCCUGGUGUGUAUGCCCGGGUCACAGAACUCAUGCCCUGGGUGCAAGAGAUCCUGGCUGCCAACUGAGUUUCCUGCAGGGGAUGGAUUUCCCUUGUGAUGGUGUGAGAUCUCAAUAAACUUCCUGGAAAGAA